CAAAGAAAAUUUUCUACCUGAAAAUAACGCACCACAUCACGCCUUUCUAAACAAAUGCCAAUCUAGAUGAAGCUCGUCCUCCACCUAAAACCACACUAAAACCCUAAUCCACCGAAUAACAACGGACUUUCAAACUUUCAUGGCGGUUACCGGCGAUAGCACUUCAACUUCCGGCGAACUUCAAGGCACAAAUUCUUCAGCAACACUCGUCUCAACAAACAAUCAAUUCUUCGUUUGGAGAGAGUUCUUAUGGGGAGCAAUUGCUGGUGGCUUUGGGGAAGGGAUGAUGCACCCGAUUGAUACCGUGAAAACUCGAAUCCAGAGUCAAGCCAUUAUGACUCAAACCCAGAAGCAAAAGAGUAUAUUGCAGAUGGUCAAAGCCGUCUGGGGUGUUGAUGGUUUGAGAGGUUUUUAUAGAGGGGUUGUACCUGGGGUCACUGGAUCUCUUGCAACAGGUGCAACAUACUUUGGUGUCAUAGAAUCAACCAAAAAGUGGAUUGAAGAAACACAUCCGAAUCUUGGAGGUCAUUGGGCCCAUUUCAUUGCCGGUGCUUUAGGAGAUACACUUGGCUCUUUUAUAUACGUCCCAUGCGAGGUGAUAAAGCAACGUAUGCAGGUUCAAGGAACGGAGAAAUACUGGACUUCAGUUGUCAUGAAAGACGCUGCACAUGUAAAACCUGAUGCUACUAUGUACGGUUAUUAUUCCGGAAUGUUCCAGGCAGGCUGCUCAAUAUGGAAAGAUCAAGGACCGAAAGGGUUAUACGCAGGUUAUUGGUCUACACUUGCAAGGGAUGUUCCAUUUGCUGGUUUAAUGGUUACGUGUUAUGAGGCGUUAAAAGAUGUAACAGAAUACGGGAGGCAAAAGUGGUUCCCUAAUUCAAGUUUCCAUGUGAAUAGUUCUUUUGAGGGGCUUGUAUUGGGAGGAAUAGCUGGGGGUGUUAGUGCAUAUCUUACUACUCCUUUGGAUGUAAUCAAGACAAGAUUGCAAGUACAAGGCACAAUUGUAAGGUACAACGGUUGGAUGGAUGCGCUUCGUAGAAUAUGGCUGAUUGAAGGUCCAAAGGGGUUGUUUAGAGGAAGCAUACCAAGAGUGAUAUGGUAUGUUCCAGCUUCUGCUCUCACAUUCAUGGCUGUUGAAUUCUUGAGAGACCAUUUCAAAGAAGAUAAAGUCACCACCUUAUCGAUUGAGAAAAGUAAGUCCCCCUUGCAGCAGAGUUAGAUCUGGAUUUAUAGAGAAAGAUUUGUAUCAAUCUUGAAACAUAUUAGAAAAAAAAAAGGAAUUACAAAUGUGAUUAGAGUUGACAAAUCACCGUUGACACGAAACUGAUCCAAACCAGAAAAGAGGUUAACGUUAAUAGGCUUAUGUGGAGCCAUGUUAGUUUGAAAGUUCUCUUAUGUUGGCGUUGUUAUGUUACAACUUACAAGUAUUUCAUUUGA